CGUGUUUACCCGUCUGGCUACUGCCGAUAGCAACGAUUAGCUAGAAACCCUUAUCCUGGACUAGCCAGGUCCCAAUCACACGCUGCCGCUCAGAGUCGCACGCAACCCAAUUUUCUCAAGGCCUCCUGCCGUGAAGCAAUUGAGCGCGCUUAAUAAAUUGACAGAAAUUGAGGCUUUUUUACAAGGCAAGAGAAAGGAUGGAAGCCGCGGAGCAGUUAGCGCCCGGUUUCCCCGACGAAGCCUUGCUCAGCAUACUGCUCUUUCUUGAACAGCGCGACAUAGUCAAAUGUCAGCUGGUUAGCAAGAAUUGGCUGGAGGUUGCGCAAGCAGCACGGAAGGAAGCAUUUCUACGUCGAUGGGGUUUCCGCGCAUUAAUAACGGAGCCCCGGACGCCCUCCCUCUUAGAGACCAUCCCGCCCUCGAGCAUUGUACGACGGCACGUAAUACGCCCCGGAGAGAACGUGGCGCAGCUGGCACUCAGGUACGGCACGGCUGCUCCCGCGCUGCUGCGGCUGAACGCCCUGAUGGGUCCGCACCUGCUGCUGCACCGACAUGAGGUGUACAUACCCGUUUCGGAGCCCGAGCUCGCGAAGCUGCGCGGCCGCUGCUGCGCCGCCUUCCUGUACGACACCCUGCUGUGUCGGGACCUGUUGACGGUUGUCGUACAACCGCCACCAGGGGAGGAGGAGGAGGGGUCUGGAGAGGGAGAGAGAGAUGGGAAGCCAGCCUCACCCAAGUUUAGCCGCAUGCGACUUCGGGAGAUGCAGGCGCGGGUGCGCCGGCUGGUGAGGGAGGCCAGCAGCACCGCGGCGGUGACCCAUGGGUCGGGCGGGUCGGACAGCGGCCCCGGCAGUCGCCUCCAUGGGUCGGACGGUGCGGCUGUGGUGGACCUGUGCAGCGGGCGGUACUACUUGGAGGAGGCGGGCGGGUGCGUGGAGGCGGCUGCACGCAUGUUUGUGGACGACAUGGCAUUCGGGGAGCAGCACCCCCUGCGGCGGGAGGGGGCGCUGUCGGGGCGGCGCGGCGGGGUGGCCGGCAGCAGCCGCCACUGGGACAGCGAGGGAGAGGCGGGUGCAGACGCAAGCGGCGACGAUGCGAGUGACCCACGGGUCCCAAUGCUGCGGGGCUCCGAACGCCGUGCCUGCCGGAGGCUGCGGUUGUACUGCGGGUUGUUGUUUCCGUUUGGGAGCUGCUUGGAUGCGCUGGCGGGG